UGUCCCUGGGUUGUCAAGAUGUUGCAAGAUAUAUAAUAUCCUAUUAUUUUUUAUUCCUUCUACAAGAUAUCUAUUUGUCACUUCCUAAUGAAAAAUCACAUUGUCAGUAUUACCAAACAUAGCUAGUACAGUUAGUUAUACUAUAUAUUGUUUGCAAAAUAGACUGACAGAAGUAGCACCAUUCUUGUUCCUGUAGAUUGCACAAUAAAGGUUUUCUAAUGGUACAAUGAUAAUUUCUCAUCUUGUGUUUGAUUGUUAACCCUCCUAUAUAAAAUCUGUUUCAUUUUCUGUUUAUUUGACCCACAGCUCAGACCCUGAUCUCCCAUCUUCUCUGGAUCUUGCAUGAUGACUUGUAUACCUGCAUGCAGUUGGCCCCAUUCACUCUGCCAUAGAUGAGAGCCAGAUAUAUGUUCCAGCUGGGAUGGAAGUUUUACGAUGCAGAUGAUUACCAUCCAGUGCAAAAUAAAGAAAAAAUGGCCAGUGGAGUUCCAUUAAAUGACCAGGAUAGGAUCCCAUGGUUGUGUGCCUUACACAGACUAAUAUGGGAAGACUCUUGUGGACAUGGUGUAAUCCUUGCAUGUUCAUCUUUGAGAAAAUUAUAUAGAGACAUCUUAGUAUAUGGACAGGAUGCUUCAGUUCCCAAGUCUGAUCGUGAGGAGGUUAAAAAAGAGUUUCAGCCAGACAAGGUCCUUUUUGUACAUCUACAAGGAACUAUGAAAGUUAUCUCUGAAAGAAUGCAGAAACGAAGUGAUCAUUUUAUGCCAUCAGCAUUACUGCAAUCUCAGUUUGACACACUAGAGCCACCAGCAGAAACUGAACAUUUUAUGUCUGUCAGCAUUGAGAAAAGUGUUCCAGAAAUUGUUUUAGAAAUUGAGAAAAACCUGCUCUUGCAAUUAUGAAAACAAAUACUUCAUGUUGUUUUAAAAGAUUCAUGGGAUCUAUUAAAAAGUGUGAAUAGAAAGAUUAAUUUUUAUUACUAUAGAUAUUAUAGAUUCAUUUUUUUCUAUACCCCGUGAAGAGGGACUGCUUUGGUUUGAGGAAGCUUCGAGUGGCUUUGACACAUUAUGUUUUAAUGAGUUCAGUAUUUGUUUGGUUUUAAUGGUUUUAGUACUUAAAAAAAUAACUUUAUUUUUUUUCCAAAGGUGAAUUUUUUUCAAUAACGUAGGGUUGUUGCUAUGGGAGCUAACUGUGCUUCCAUGUACGCUAAUAUAAUUUUGUCACAUUGGGAGCAAAAAUAUAUAUUUAAUUCGGAUUACAGAGGGUGAUGGAACCUUUAUAGAUGUUUUUUGGAUGACAUCUGCAUAUUUUGGACAGACACCGAGGAGAAGUUUCAUGAGUUUUUUGAUUACAUGUCCAGUUAUUUGUCUAAUAAACUGUUUGGACUCUCUUGGCUGUCCCUCCAAGUGUGCUUAUUCUGUGGUUUACUGGUCGUGUAUCUUGGGCACACUAUCCACUUUACUUUUGGUUUUCUGGUAUUUAUGAAAACUACCCCUAUACAUAUUUUCCCAUGUUAAGGAACAGAUAUAGGUAAGGAAUAUCUUAUCUGUUUGAAUUUGUGGCUCUUCACAAUGAAAGAAAAUAAGCAAAACCAGACCAUCAACUUAAAUUAUAAAAUGAAAGACAAUAUAAUUUUUUAUUUUUAUGUAAUACAGUUUAUAUCUUGGUAACUCUCUAUCUUAGAUAAACAUUAAGUAAAAGAAAAUGUGUCUUUCAAAUAAAAGUAUGGGUAGUAAAAAGUUAUUUUUCCCUGGCUUGUAAUCCGAGAAUAUAGAGCUGCAAACCUGACAGCAUACCUCUCAACCUCUCGAUGCAAGAACUCUCUGGACAAAGCCAAAUAUAAUGGGGGCCAAAGGUCCAAAAAUAAGGACAGAUUUUAAAUAUUGCUUAUACAAGCUUAGAAAGUUGAUAAAAUAACAGUUUAUGCAUUAGCGUUCAUUUUAUGAAAGACAUGAAGUCCGAAACUCGAACUUCUGUUGUUUGCCAGCAAGCCACAAAUUUUAUUGAGAAACCAUCCAAAAAAUAUGAGGUAAAAAUCUGGGCAUUCUGCAAACUCUGGACACCUGAGAGGUAUGCCUGGCAGUAGUGUACAGAAGGCAUCACUAUUUAGGAUUUUGCAGCACUUUAAGCUUGUGCCAUUGCUUCAGAUUACAUGUUAUGCUAGCUUCCUUAGUCAUUCCACUUAUCUCUGAGAUCUUCUGGAACAGUUAUUGGUAUUUUUGUGUCAGGGUAUAUUUUCUCUUUUGCUGUUGAGUUUAACCAUUUUCUUUAUUAAACUGUUAAUACUU